AUGCUGGGCUGGCCGCACCAAACUAAAGAUCUUGAGCAGUUCUAUCCCAACUCCAUCCUCGAGACUGGAAGCGACCUGAUAUUCUUCUGGGUGGCCCGCAUGGUGAUGUUGGGGACUGAGCUGACCGGACAGUUGCCGUUCAAACAGGUCCUGCUGCACUCCUUGGUGCGCGACAAGCACGGCCGGAAAAUGAGUAAAUCACUGGGCAACGUAAUUGACCCACUGGACGUCAUCCAUGGCACGACCCUGGAGAGCCUCCAGCAGAAGGUCAGGGCCCGAAACCUGGAUCCCCGGGAGCAACUGGUUGCCAUGGAAGCACAGGAAAAAGACUUCCCAAAAGGGAUCCCUCCAUGUGGGGCCGAUGCCCUGCGCUUGGCUCUCUGCUCCCACAAGACCCAGGGAGAGGACAUAAACCUGUCCCUGUCCCAGAUCCUGAGCAGCAGACACUUCUGUAAUAAACUGUGGCAAACGCUGAGGUUCGUGCUGGGGGUGCUGGAGGCCGGAGCUGCAGUGGAAACAUUGGAGAAGCUGGGUCCCCUGGGCAGUAUGGAACGCUGGGUCUUAUCACGCCUCUACUCCACAGUAGUGCAGUGUGAGCGUGGCUUUGAGGCUUACGAGCUCCACAGCGUCACCACGGCUCUGACCACCUUUUGGGUCAGCAACCUGUGUGACGUUUACAUGGAGUACAUGAAGCCACUGCUAUCCCCUCAGUCAGGGGGAACAUUAGGGGCUGAGGGGACAGCCGCCUGCAGUGUCCUGGUGCACUGCGUUUCCACAUGUCUGACCCUGCUCAGUCCCUUCAUGCCCUUCAUCACCGAGGAGCUGUGGCAGCGGCUGCAGCCUCACCGGCCUCCCCAGGCAUGCUCUCAGGCAUGCUCUGGAGCGCCUCAGGACACCCUCUGCCUGCAGCCGUACCCUCGUUCACAACAGCUGGCGCCCUGGCACUUCCCUGAUGAAGAGAGGGACUUCCUGUGGGUACAAGAAGUUGUGAGAGUGACCCGGUCACUGCGGGCUCAGAGCGGGCUGACCAAGGAAAAACCUGCAAUGUGGGUGGAGUGCUCGUCAUCGCAAGCUCAGAUCCUGCACAACUACAGCUCGGCUCUCCAGACCCUGAGCCGUGUGUCCUGUGUCCAGCUGCUGGGUGACCCUGCCCAAGCCGGAGACCAGGCACCCUCUGCUCCUCCUAAAGGCUGUGUCGUGGGGGUAGUGGACCACACAUGCACUCUGCACCUGCAUGUCAAGAGUGGCGUAAAUGUGGACAAGCAAAUUUCUGCGCUGUCCCUGCGUAGAGCCAGGCUGAUGCCCAAGCUGGAGCAGCUCCUGAUCCGGGGCCAGUCCCAGGACUUCCAGACCAAAGUCCCCCCACAUGUGAGAGACAGCCUGGCCAGGAAGGUGUCAGCCCUGGAGCAGGAGCUGAAGAACACUGAGGAGCAGCUCCAGCAGCUGAGAGAAAUCAAAGAAGAGCUCACGGAACAAUAA